GCCAGGAAACACGGUGGGAGAGCUAGUCGCCAUACCCAAUCGGAACAAAGACGCAGCUGCCUACACAGACACAGUAGCCCGAGAUAACCAAUCCAGCCCCACUGUCGCUAGCAAUUUCUCCGGCCACCGUUGCCGACGACCUAUCCCGCGGAAAUCGUCGAUCCGGAAUUCCACCAUUCAGAAAGUAGAGUCACGGCUGGAUCACCCUCGUUCUUGAAGCAACCGUCCCAAAACGGGUCCAGUUGGAAACUCGUUUCCCCCUCAUGUCAGGGCCGAAUGAGGACAUUACAUCUUCUCAUACACAGCUGUCGUCCCAGUUGUUUGGGAACCUACUGGAUUCCAUGAUAGCAGAUGUGGCAUCUGAGUGUCACAGGAUAGCAAAGCUAGGGCUUGACCGCAACUUGGAGGAAGAGGAAGAAGAGCUGAAGUUGUCAGCUGAAGCCCGGGCGAGUGUGGCUGAUGCUGCUGCCGAAACGAAUGGCAAGUAUGUGAUGGAUAUCUUCGGGCAGACGCAUCCACCUAUUGCCAAUGAUUUAUUCGAGUGCAUCAACUGUGGGCGAUCUGUUGCUGCCGGAAGGUUUGCUCCUCAUUUAGAGAAGUGCAUGGGAAAGGGUAGGAAGGCGCGCAAGGCAACAAGAAAUAGCACAGCAGGACAGAACCGGUAUUCACGAGGCAGCCCUGCUUCAACCUAUUCUCCUUAUUCAAACUCCGCCGCCACCACCGCCACUUCCAACAGGGUACCAAAUGGGACGACUGGUGUUGCUGGUGAAGGUUACUCCAAUGGUGCAUUUGAGGAGAAAUGAAGCUAUAUAAUUUGGCCCUGUCAGGGCAACCUUCAGUCACAAGGAACUAACUAACUCAAUCAAGUCAGGUGCAACUCUAUUUUGUCUUGUAUCUUGUUCAUGAAACAUACGAACGAGGGUAGCUUUAUGAACUGAUUCAGCAUGUUCCAACCCUCAUCUAUGUUAUUCUUAACUCUGAUAUGAUGGAGGAAUGGAUUUGAAAGAGAACGAAAGUUUAUUGUACAGCUGAAAUUUGUUUGUGAAGCAUGAUUUUCCCUCACAUUGAAUGCUGA